AUGGAUCACGCCCCGCCCCAAACCGACCUCACCUUUGCUGAUGUCUUCGAUGAGGAGGAUGACAUCAAGGAGACUCAGACGGUCCACCACAUCCGGGCCAAUUCCAGCAUUAUGCAGGUGAAGAAGAUCCUGGUUGCUAACCGAGGUGAAAUUCCUAUUCGUAUUUUCAGAACUGCCCACGAGCUUUCGCUGCAUACCAUUGCAGUCUUCAGUUAUGAGGACCGCCUUAGCAUGCACAGGCAGAAGGCCGAUGAGGCAUAUGUCAUUGGCAAGCGUGGCCAGUACACCCCAGUGGGAGCCUAUCUCGCUGGUGAUGAGAUCAUCAAGAUUGCCCUUGAACAUGGCGCCAACAUGAUCCAUCCAGGCUAUGGCUUCCUCUCUGAGAAUGCCGAGUUCGCCCAGAAGGUCGAGGAUGCCGGCAUUGUGUUCGUCGGUCCCCCCGCCGAAGUUAUCACUGCCCUCGGUGACAAGGUCUCUGCUCGAAAGCUCGCUAUUGCGGCUAACGUGCCUGUCGUACCUGGUACCCCGGAUGCUGUUGAUAACUUCGAGGCUGUCAAGACCUUCACCGAUACCUACGGCUUCCCUAUCAUCAUCAAGGCUGCUUAUGGAGGUGGUGGCCGUGGUAUGAGGGUCGUCCGCGAGGAAAAGGAUCUUCAGGAAUCUUUCGAACGCGCGACUUCCGAGGCCAAGUCCGCUUUUGGUAACGGAACUGUCUUCGUUGAGCGCUUCCUUGAUAAGCCCAAGCAUAUCGAGGUGCAGCUUCUCGGUGACAACUACGGCAACAUCAUUCACCUGUACGAGCGAGACUGCUCCGUGCAGCGAAGGCACCAAAAGGUCGUUGAGAUUGCCCCAGCAAAGGACCUUCCCGCCAACGUUCGUGACUCGAUCUUGUCCGAUGCCGUCAAGCUGGCCAAGUCCGUCAACUAUCGUAAUGCCGGUACCGCCGAGUUCUUGGUUGACCAGCAGAACCGAUACUACUUUAUUGAGAUCAACCCCCGUAUCCAGGUCGAACACACAAUUACGGAGGAGAUUACCGGAAUCGAUAUUGUUGCCGCCCAGAUCCAGAUUGCCGCCGGUGCUACCCUCCAGCAGCUUGGCCUCACCCAGGAGACCAUCACCACUCGAGGUUUCGCCAUCCAGUGCCGAAUCACCACCGAAGAUCCCGCUAAGGGAUUCCAACCCGAUACCGGAAAGAUCGAGGUCUACCGAUCUUCUGGUGGCAACGGUGUCCGCCUUGACGGCGGUAACGGCUUCGCUGGCGCCGUCAUUACUCCCCACUACGACUCCAUGUUGGUCAAGUGCACUUGCCACGGUUCGUCCUACGAAAUUGCCAGGAGGAAGAUGCUCCGAGCCCUCGUGGAAUUCCGCAUUCGUGGUGUGAAGACCAACAUUCCCUUCCUUGCCUCCCUCCUCACCAACCCCACCUUUAUCAGCGGAAACUGCUGGACCACCUUUAUCGACGAUACCCCCUCCCUCUUCGACCUUAUCGGCAGUCAGAACCGUGCCCAGAAGCUUCUUGGCUACCUCGGUGAUGUCGCCGUCAACGGCAGCAGCAUCAAGGGCCAGGUUGGUGAGCCCAAAUUCAAGGGCGAGAUUAUCCUCCCAGAGCUUACCGACGACAAUGGCAACAAGAUCGAUGUUAGCGAGCCUAGCAAGCAGGGUCUGCGCCAGAUUAUUCUCGAGCAGGGCCCCAAGGCUUUCGCCAAGGCCGUCAGGGCGAACAAGGGUUGCAUGAUUAUGGAUACCACAUGGCGCGAUGCCCACCAGUCGCUCUUGGCGACGCGUGUUCGAACGGUCGACCUUCUCAACAUCGCCAAGGAGACCAGCCACGCUCUGGCCAAUCUCUACAGUUUGGAGUGCUGGGGAGGCGCCACCUUCGAUGUUGCCAUGCGCUUCCUCUACGAAGACCCCUGGGACCGACUUCGCCGUAUGCGAAAGCUCGUACCCAACAUCCCCUUCCAGAUGCUUCUCCGAGGCGCCAACGGUGUCGCCUACGCCUCUCUCCCCGACAACGCCAUCGACCACUUUGUCGACCAGGCUAAGAAGAAUGGCGUCGACAUCUUCCGAGUAUUCGACGCCCUUAACGACAUCCACCAGCUCGAGGUCGGUAUCAAGGCCGUCCACAAGGCUGGCGGUGUGGUCGAGGGUACCGUUUGCUACAGCGGUGACAUGUUGAACCCCAAGAAGAAGUACAACCUCGACUACUACCUUCAGCUCGUCGAUGAGCUUGUCAAGCUUGACAUCCACGUCCUUGGCAUCAAGGACAUGGCUGGUGUUCUCAAGCCCCACGCCGCUACCCUUCUGAUCGGCUCCAUUCGCAAGAAAUACCCCGACUUGCCCAUCCACGUCCACACCCACGACUCUGCGGGUACCGGUGUCGCUUCCAUGGCGGCCUGUGCUAAGGCUGGUGCCGACGUCGUCGAUGCUGCCACCGAUAGCUUGUCGGGCAUGACUUCGCAGCCUAGCAUCAACGCCAUCCUCGCCUCUCUCGAAGGCAGCGAACUCCAGCCCGACCUCAACGUUCGCCAUAUCCGGGCCAUCGAUCAGUACUGGGGUCAGCUCCGUCUCCUCUACUCGCCCUUCGAGGCCCAUCUCACCGGCCCCGACCCCGAGGUUUACGAGCACGAGAUUCCGGGUGGCCAGCUCACCAACAUGAUGUUCCAGGCCUCUCAGCUCGGCCUUGGAUCUCAGUGGGCCGAGACGAAGAAGGCCUACGAGCAUGCCAACGAGCUUCUCGGAGACAUCGUCAAGGUCACUCCUACCUCGAAGGUGGUGGGAGAUCUUGCGCAGUUCAUGGUAUCCAACAAGCUUACUCCUGAGGAUGUUAAGGCCAGGGCUUCUCAGCUCGACUUCCCUGGAUCGGUUCUUGAGUUCUUCGAGGGCAUGAUGGGCCAGCCAUACGGAGGUUUCCCCGAACCCCUCCGCACUGAUGCCCUCCGUGGCCGCAGGAAGCUCGAUGCUCGCCCCGGUCUGUUCCUCGACCCUGUCGACUUCACCAAGACCAAGCGCGAGCUCUCCAAGAAGUACGGCAAGGUCACCGACUGCGACAUUGCCUCGUACGUCAUGUACCCCAAGGUGUUCGAGGACUACAAGAAGUUCACCACCAGGUUUGGUGACCUUUCGGUUCUUCCCACCAAGUACUUCCUCUCCAAGCCCGACAUUGGCGAGGAGUUCCACGUUGAGCUCGAGAAGGGUAAGGUUCUUAUCCUCAAGCUUCUCGCCGUUGGCCCCCUUAGCGACAACACGGGUAUGAGGGAGGUCUUCUACGAGAUGAACGGAGAGGUCCGACAGGUUACUGUCGAGGACAGGGCGGCGGCUGUUGAGAACAUCAGCCGUCCCAAGGCUGAUCCUGGUGACAGCAGCCAGGUCGGCGCCCCCAUGGCUGGUGUCCUUGUCGAACUGAGGGUUCAGGAGGGAUCUGAGGUGAAGAAGGGAGACCCUCUUGCCGUCCUCAGCGCGAUGAAGAUGGAAAUGGUCAUCUCCGCCCCUCACAACGGAAAGGUCUCAGGACUUCAAGUAAAGGAAGGCGAUUCGGUGGAUGGCUCGGAUUUGGUUUGCAGGAUCCACAAGUAA